ACUAUUAAUAGUAUAAACUUAACAACAUAUCUUCAUCUUCUCAACUGCACACAUCAGUCAUCAGAAAAUAUAAGAGAUGACGGAAAAAGAAGAAAGCAGCCACUCUGCGGAGGUUGGCACCGUCCGAUCCCUCCAAGAAACUCCCACUUGGGCUCUGGCCACCGUUUGUUUCCUCUUCGUCGCUGUUUCCAUGUUCCUUGAGCGUCUCAUCAAUCUUCUCUCCAUUAGACUUAAGAAAAAUAGAAAAACAUCUUUACUUGAAGCAUUAGAGAAGCUCAAAUCAGUUCUAAUGGUGCUAGGAUUCAUGUCACUGAUGCUAAACGUGACUGAAGGCGAAGUUUCGAAUAUAUGCAUUCCCAUAAAGUAUGCAAAUCGAAUGUUGCCUUGCCGUAAAACCAUUUCAUUACAUGAUAAUGAUAAUGAUGAAGCUGAUGAGGAUGAUGAUCAUCAUGACAACUUUUUCCAUCAUUGUUCCAAGGGGAAGACGUCACUAAUAUCACAAGAGGGUUUGACUCAGUUGAGUUUCUUCAUCUUCGUGUUGGCUUGUAUGCAUAUUCUCUACAAUCUUGCCGUUCUUCUCCUUGGAAUGGCCAAGAUGAGGAAAUGGAAAUCAUGGGAGAAAGAGACUCAAACAGUGGAGUAUCUAACAUCAAACGAUCCUAAUAGGUUUAGAAUGACAAGAGAUACAACAUUUGCUCGACGACACUUGAGUUCUUGGACUGAAACAUCAAUGCAACUUUGGAUUAAAUGUUUCUUCAGGCAAUUUUUCAACUCGGUGGCAAAAAUAGAUUACCUCACACUGCGUCAUGGUUUUAUCUUUGCUCAUUUAUCAUCAAAUAAUGCUUUCAACUUCCAAAAGUAUAUACAAAGAUCUUUACAUGAAGAUUUUAAAACUAUAGUUGGUAUCAGUCCUUUGAUGUGGCUAACUGUGGUGAUCUUUAUGCUUCUCGACGUUUACGGUUGGAGAGUAUACUUUUAUAUGUCAUUUGUGCCACUAAUUGUAGUUCUAGUGAUCGGGACAAAACUAGAGAUGAUAGUAGCGAAAAUGGCGGUCACGAUUAAGGAACAUAACAAUGUGAUUAGAGGAAGCCCUCUCGUUGAGCCAAACGACAAGCAUUUUUGGUUCUCCAAUCCUCGUUUCCUCUUAAGCAUUCUACACUACACGCUGUUUCUGAACACCUUCGAGAUGGCCUUUUUUGUGUGGAUCACUUGGCAAUUUGGGAUUAACUCUUGCUACCAUGAUAACCGAGAGAUCAUCAUCACACGAAUUGUAUUAGCGGUGACAGUCCAAGUCUUGAGCAGCUACAUUACAUUGCCUCUAUAUGCACUUGUAACUCAGAUGGGGUCAAGCUACAAGAGAGUAAUCUUGGAAGAACAAAUAGCAAAUGUGUUCAGGCAAUGGCAUGGUAGGGUUAGAGUCAAGAGGAAGAUAGAAAAAACUCCGGAAACAAACAACGAUAACGAUAAUAAUGGUGAUAUCGAUUUAGGUGAGAGUCCAACUCAGUCAGAAGUUGCUAAUGAUUUCGGAUCUUUGGGUAAACAACCACAUAUUUUACAAGAGAUACCGGUACACAACCAAACUGAAAGGUGAUAAGAUGAAUAUAGAGUUCAUCUUUACUAUGACGUAUCAAAUGACUAAACACUAGGGUAGCCAUAUGUUUUAGUUAUAGACUUACAUAUUUAAAAUAAGGGUGUGUUGGUGUUAUGUGAAGAAUGAUGGAUUAAUGAUGGUAUCUUGAUAACUUGUCACACAUAAUGUGACUAUGGAUGCUGAAUUUUCACUUAAAUAGUAUAUUGGUAUAGGUAUUUGGAUACUUGUUCGAACAUUCAUAAUCUCAUUCCUUUCCAAUGGCUAAGUCCCUAAAAUCAAUGUUUAGUCGGUUUGAUAUUGUUUCUGGUGAAAAUAACAAAAGUUGUGAAACAUAAAAGUAUGGUUGGAUUGGAAGUUAUAUUUUUUAUUGGGAGGUUACUGUGGACAUUGUAAAUUAUAUAUACUUGUACAGAGUGAAAAUGUCGCAUU